AGGAGUGACAGAACAACAACUGGCAUUACAGAAACCUUCCAUUACUGCUUAUUGUCUUCCUUGCUGUCUUAUGGUUAGAACCCUGGCUGCAUAAGCUUUAGGAUCUGUUUUUUAAAAAAGUGAUCUGUUUAGCUUGAGGGACUCCCAAAUUCUAGAUGGAUAAUUCUUAAAAGUUAUUAUUAUUCCCGUUAGCAAUAGUUGAUAUAAGUAUUUUACAUACUUGAUUGCUAUUUUACCACCAUCAUUUGAUCCUCACAACCACCUUGUAAAAUAGGUGGUAUCAGUAUUGUUGUGUGGUCAUUUUUCACUCCUCUCUGACUCUGUGAUCUCAUUGGGCAUUUUCUUAGAAGAGAUACUGGAGUGAUUUUUAAUUUCCUUUUUCAUUUCAUUUUAUGAAUGAGGAAAAUGAGGCAAACAGGAUUAAGUGACUUGCCGAGGAUCACACAGUGUCUUAGAUCAGAUGAGUUUUCCUGACUUUAGUUCUGGCACUCUAUUCAUUGAUCUAACUGCCUUAAUACUAAGGCUAUACUAAAACUAGUAUAAUUAUGCCCAUUUUGGCAGCCCAGAUAUAUGAUUUCAACUAGUUUAGGAAUACCCUUUCAAUUUCUACACCUUACAACAACAAAAAUAAAAAUAUAACAACAAAAAUUUAAGUUGACCAGUCAUCUAUAAUUUAUAGUUUUAAAGAUUGAGGGCAAAGGAGCUUCUCCUUUAAUUGAUUUUUUCAUUGUUACAAAGCUGGAAUGUACAACCAGGCCUUAAACUUAGGUGGUCCUUAUUGUAUCCACACAUUGCCUUUCCUAUUCCAAUUUUCCAGUUGAGAAAACAGACUUCACUAAGUGACGUAACUUAUUUGAAGUCAUAGUUUGACACAUUAGUUGCCAGGUAUUUUGAAUCCAGAUUCAGUACCAUCAUUUCAUUUCACCAUCAUUCUCAUUCAUCAUCUCUUUUCUUUUCCCUCUGUUCCAGUCCAUUUCCCUCUCCCCCCUUCUGUCUCUCUUCUCUUCUGUCUCUCUGUCUCUCUGUCUCUCUGUCUCUCUGUCUCUCUCACACACACAUACAGUAUUUUAUUUUUCCAAAUACAUGCAAAGAUAGUUUGCCAUUCGCCUUUGCAAAACCUUUGUAUUACAAAUUUUUCUCCCUCUUUCUUCCUUCCUCCCCUUCCCCAAAACACAAGCCAUCCAAUAUAGGUUAAACUUAUCAUACUCUCUUUAAAACACUUUUAUAUGGAUUAAUCCUGGAAACCUUUAUCAAAUGUGAAUACUGUCCCAAUAGAAGGAUCCUAUACAAAUGAUUUAUUAUCUCCUAGUUGAUAAACCUAAGGUUUUCAGUGGUUAGAAUGUUAUUUUAGAUAAUUUUUUAAAAAACUUAGUUCUUCAGACAAUUUUCAGAUAAAGAAAUUAAAACCAUUUCUAGUCAUAUGAAAAAUUGCUCUAAAUCACUAUUGAUUAGACAAAUGCAAAUUAAGAGGUACCACUACAUACAUCUCAGAUUGGCUAAGAUGACAGGAAAAGAUAAUGAUGAAUGUUAGAGGGGAUAUGGGAAAACUGGGACACCAAUACGUUGUUGGUGAAGUUGAGAAGUGAUCCAACCAUUCUGGAAAACAAUUUGGAACUAUGCCCAAAGGGCUAUCAAACUGUGCAUAUCUUUUGACCCAGCAGUGUUUCUACUGGGCUUGUAUUGCAAAGAGAUCAUAAAAGAGGGAAAGGAACCCACAUGUGCAAAAAUGUUUGUGGCAGCCCUUUUUUGUAGUGUGAAGAAACCGGAAAUUGAAUGGAUGCUCAUCAAUUGGAGAAUGGCUGAAUAAGUUAUGUUGUAUGAAUGUUAUGGAAUACUAUUGUUCUGUAAGAAACAACCAGCAGAAUGAUUUCAGAGAGACCUGGAGAGACCUACAAGAACUGAUGCUAAUGAAGUAAGUAGAACGAAGAGAACACUGUACAUGGCAACAAGAAGAAUUUAUGAUGAUCAAUUGUGAUGGACGUGGCUCUCUCCAGUGAUGAGAUGAUUUAGGCCAGUUCCAAUGAUUUUGUGAUGAAGAGAACCAUCUACAUCCAGAGAGAGGAUUGUGGAAACUGAUUGUGGAUCACAACAUAGUAUUUUCACUCUUUUUGGUGGUGGUUGGUUGCAUUUUAUUUUCUUUCUCAUUUUUUUCUUUUUUGAUUUGAUAUUUCUUGUGCAGCAAGAUAAUUGUAUAAAUAUGUGUAUGUAUUGGAUCUGACAUAUAUUUUUCACCAUGUUUAACAUAUAUUGGAUUACUUGCCAACUAUGGAAGCAGGGUUAGGAGGAAGAGGGGAAAUUGGGACACAGGGUUUUCCAAGGAUUAAUGUUAAAAAAUUAUCUAUGCAUAUGUUUUGAAAAUAAAAAGCUUUAAUAAAAAAAAUCUUAAUUCUUGUGGCAAUGUUUAUUUAUGAAAAAAGAACAGGAAGGACUUGGCAAUGGACAUACAUUGACAAUGCAUGUUACUGAAAACAAAUAUGGGAAUAAAAAAGUAUGGCAGAAGAGAUGAAGCAUUGGAAUAAACCUAUGUUUAAGACCAUAGCUAAUAUCCUACAUGAAAUUGAAUUUAGAGGCCUUAGUCUAAUCUCUGUAUUAUAAAUCCAUUGCACAGAUGGUAGUCUUUUUUUAAAAGAGGAGAUUAAAAGCUAAAUUGCAAGGUUAGGACGGAUCACAACGAUGUGGACUGCUUUCUAUGUGGUAUACUCCCCCACUUCCUCUAAUUUGUUCAUGGCAUAGAUACUAAUACUCUAUUAGACUAGGCUAAUUUAAUUUUUUUAAUCAGUGGGCAACAGGGAAAUCAAUUCCCUCUUUAAGAAAAAGCAGAAAAGUUAAGAAUUAUUUUAAAGUCAGAUUAUGAGUAAUGGAAGUUCUGCCAUUAACUAGCUGUAUGUCUUUGAGGCAUCUUUCCAGGGUUGGGCUUUUUUCCUCUAAGGGGAACAGAGAGUAGUGAUCUCUAAACCCCUUCUCACUCUAGGACAAAGACAAGUAGUUUAGAUAAAGUCACCAGUUUUGAAUUCUUGCUGUGCCAGACACUAGCAGACCCCCUGUGUGCCUCUGGAUAUGACCUAUAAACUGCAAUGCAAAUGGAGUGGGGAGGAAAUUGUCUGCAUUUAUGUCAGACUUACCAACGUACAAAUAUUAUUAUCCCUCCAUAAACAUCAUUAUUUCUUUCGGAAGCUAGUGCACCGUGACUAAAUCCAGCAAGUUUUUUUUUUUUUGUUUGUUUGUUUUUUGUUUUUUUGAAGGGGGCUGGGCUGUUUUUCUUUUUAAGGUAGUUAAAAUGAAAUUGUCUAAAUGAAAAGAAAAAUUUCUUCCUUAUACUCUUAGGUGUUGCAAGGAAAACCUUGGAGAUGAGCCAACUUACGCUUCCUUCCUUUUCAAGGUUGAGAUACGAGGCCCAAAGAGAUUUAAAUACGUAUCAUAUUCAGAGUCACAUAAAUAGUGUCAGAACCUAAGUCCAGGACCCAAGUGCAUUGACUGUUCUUGCAGUGCCUAUUCCAGCACAUCGAGGGCCUCCCGUUGAACAUUUGACCAAAUAAUUUAUAAACAUUAUCAAAACAAGAAUCAACCAACCAACCAAAUCACAAUUAUGAAAAGUUUCCCAUCCGUUCUUAUCAGAAGUAACUUAGGAAAUAAGUAGUUUGCGGGGUCCUAUUAAUGGACAAGACGGAAUAUAGGGCAUGCUCGCUGUUUAUGUUUGGCUUAUGCGGGAGUCACGAAGCUAGGGCGCGCAGAGGAUAAAAUCAGCCGUUUUGGAAAAAGCGUAUGCCCGCGACAGGGUUGGCUGCUCGCGAUAGUCGUACGGACUAAUGAGUGUCUUGCCAACCCUGCCAGAGACUCUCUAGUCUGUCAGCCUCCAAGCUGCCCCGCCCCGUCCUACCCCACUCCACCCCCGGUUUCCCUCGAGCCCAGACCGCCUCACACGAAAGGGUCGGGAAGGGAAAGCGCUGCUUUUGUCACGACAGGGCCAAGAUAGGAGAGAUAGCUCUUGUUAACCUGGCGGGAAGGGAGGUAUGGCUUUUAUCACGCACAGGAUAAAGACGUAUUGCUUCUAUCACCAUAAGGCGAGACAGGAGACCCUGCUCAUGUCACUCCAGGGCCGGAAAUGUAGAUAUAGCUCUUGUCCUGAUAGACUGGGAGAGAGGUGUGACUAGUCAUGGACAGGACGGGAAAAUAAGAGGCCUAGAUCUUGUUGAUAGGGUUGAGAUGAGAGACACUGUUCAUGUCACAGCAGGGCUGAGAAAGUAGUCUUGUCAAAGACAAAGUCUUGUUACGACAGGGCUCUAUAGCUGACCAUCGAGGUUUUUCGUUUCCGAGUGGGUUGCCUGGAGUUAGGCCGGCCUCACGCCCCAGUGUCCGGGACCCCUCGUGGGACCCCCACUAGAGCCAGGCCCGUCCCCGCAGCCGCCUCCUGUCAGCCGUCACUGGGCGGGCCGGGCCGGCAGUGGUCACAUGACGAUGAUGGCGGCGGCGAGGGGCGGAGGGAGACGGGGCGGGGCCGGCGGCGGCCACGGGGCGAGUCGUUGUCGCCGGCUGCGCUUGGAGGAGCCCAGUACUGGGGACCCCGGAGCCGGGAGCCGAGAAUCGGGAGCGGGGAUCCGAGAGCCGGGAGGUAGGCAGGCGCUGCCCGGAGCGGACGACUCACCGCCUGGAGCUGCUCCCGAUCCGGCCUUCAGCUUUGUGAUUUUCCGCGACGCGCCCUCCGGGGGGUUCGGGCUCCCUGGAAGCUGUUGUAGCCCCAAGAUGGAUGAAGAAGGAGGAGGCGGCGGCGGCGGCGGCGGAGGCUGCGUGCCUGAUGAUCUCUCAGUGGAGGAGAGAGAAGAACUUUUAAACAUUCGUCGCAGAAAAAAAGAGCUUAUUGAUGAUAUAGAGAGGCUAAAAUUUGAAAUUACAGAAGUGAUGACAGAGAUCGAUAACCUAACUUGUGUAGAGGAGAGCAAAACUACCCAGAGGAAUAAGCAAAUAGCUAUGGGAAGAAAGAAAUUCAACAUGGAUCCUAAAAAGGGAAUUCAGUUUCUUAUAGAAAAUGACCUGCUGCAGAGUACUCCAGAAGACAUAGCCCAGUUCCUUUAUAAAGGAGAAGGACUAAAUAAAACUGUAAUUGGGGACUACCUUGGUGAAAGAGAUGAAUUUAACAUUAAAGUUCUUCAAGCUUUUGUUGAACUCCAUGAAUUUGCUGAUCUCAACCUUGUACAAGCUUUAAGGCAGUUCCUGUGGAGUUUCAGACUUCCAGGGGAGGCUCAGAAAAUUGAUCGCAUGAUGGAAGCUUUUGCUUCACGCUACUGUCUCUGCAACCCUGGAGUCUUCCAGUCUACAGAUACAUGCUACGUGUUGUCUUUUGCAAUCAUCAUGCUAAACACCAGCCUCCACAACCACAAUGUAAGAGAUAAACCAACAGUAGAACGAUUCAUAUCUAUGAACCGAGGCAUUAAUGAGGGUGGGGAUCUCCCAGAGGAAUUAUUGAGGAAUUUAUAUGAAAGUAUUAAAAAUGAGCCAUUUAAGAUUCCGGAAGAUGAUGGAAAUGACUUGACACACACAUUUUUUAAUCCAGAUAGAGAAGGCUGGCUAUUGAAAUUAGGUGGAAGAGUGAAAACCUGGAAGAGACGGUGGUUCAUUUUGACAGAUAAUUGUCUCUAUUACUUUGAAUACACAACUGAUAAAGAGCCCAGAGGAAUCAUCCCUUUGGAAAAUCUAAGCAUAAGAGAAGUAGAAGAUCCCCGGAAACCUAAUUGUUUUGAGCUCUAUAACCCAAGCCAUAAAGGACAGGUCAUAAAAGCCUGUAAAACAGAGGCUGAUGGCAGAGUGGUGGAAGGCAACCAUGUCGUAUAUAGAAUAUCUGCCCCAACCCCAGAAGAGAAGGAAGAGUGGAUCAAAUCAAUCAAAGCAAGUAUCAGCAGGGAUCCUUUUUAUGAUAUGCUGGCAACAAGGAAAAGAAGAAUUGCCAAUAAAAAAUAGCAUUCUGCUGUUUGGACUGUGAUUCACCCACGUUCCAUAUUAAGGGGAGCAUGAACUCAAGAGUUCAAACAGGUAAAAGUAAGAAAAAAUUUAGAGAAAAACUGGUCAAAGAACAUUCCCGCCUCUCUCAUUGGAGUACAAGAUGAUGCAGAAAACCUUCUGCAAGAUAACUCACUAGAAGACAAGUACUUUACAUAGAAUCCUGCAGAUGAUGUUCCAAGGAUGAAUGUAUGGGAUUUUAAUUAUUUAAACAGAAGACAUGGAAGCCUUAUAUAUGCUUUGGAUUUUCAAUAACCUGGAGAAAAGAAUCAGGCUGAGAGACAUGAACUGUCUUCCCUUCCUAUUUAUUGUGCAUCUUGCUCAGGAUGGGAGAUGUUAGAAAAUACUUUUCUUAGGAUUUUUAGCCAGUAAGAAUUCUUUGUUAUACAGCCACCAGAAUUGGUGUACAGUAUGAUCCAGAACUUGUUUUCUCUAUGUGAAGAACUUUCCUGCCAAUUGUAUAACACAUAACCAUUAGUGGCAAAGCAAAUCAUUCCAAACUCAAUUAUUUGAUAGAAAAAAACACCACUUUUUUAUUUAGAACUUUUUUCCUCUGAUAUAUAGGAAUAUAGCUUUUAUAUACCUUUUUAUAUUCUGAAAUUAUAACAAAAUAAACUUUUACUUUCUAUCUAACAAUAGUAUUUUUAGAAUGGCAGCUAUAAAUUUAAUUUAACUCCUGGGCACAAGUACAAUGUGCACAGAAAAUAUGCAGCUCCCAAAGGUAAAAGCUUUGGAAAAGAAAAAAAAAGCAGUUUGAGUGGUAGCUGUAGACAAUUGAGGUGGUUUCAAGUCUAUGCUUACUGCUGCCAUAGAGACAGAAUUAGAUGAGGGAUAAGGUAAAAGGCAGUAUUAUCCUUUUAUCAAGAUACUUAAUUUGACAAGUACUAGAACCCUGUGGGAAUAGCUGGUUAUGUAGAACAUAGAAGAUAGAGGUAUCCAGGAAUCUUUGAAUUUUUAGCAUUUUAUUGGGGGGGAGAAGGGAGAGUCUUCCUUAAGCAUCUGAAUCAAAUCACACACAAAAAAAAUUGGCUUUAAUUUGCCCCAGAAAUUAAGCAUUAAAGCUAGUUGUAAACAGCAGAGUGGUGAGAUGAAAAGGGAACUUUUCUCUUCUAACCUUAGCUGAGAAGGUGCCUUAACUUUUAUGUGGCAUUUUUUUUUUUUUUGCCCCAAAAGUAUUUUCUUUAAAAAAAAAAAAAAAGCAAGUUAUCAUUGUUAAGGAUAACUAUCCUGUGGUGUUGAUACUGUAAUUGUUGAUUCUUAGAAGAGGGAAAUCCUCCAAAUAGAAACAUGUCAUUCAUGUAUCUGACUGGCCUAGGGAGCCUGUUCUUUGCUAUCUGCACUCUAAAAUCUUAAGGUGAAAUAAAGUAUUAUUGCUUUUAUUCCAUGACCUUAUUAGGAGAUGACCAAACUUAAUAGAAUGAACUAGAAAUAAUUUGUGAGCUCUCUUUCCUCUUGCAACACACUUUAGGCUUGUUGUGAAAUAUUUAAUAUUCCAUCAUAUGAAGGACAAAUUAAACUGUGGGGCAAAUGCAUAAUUUAAAUGUAUAAGCAUUUUCUUAAUUGCAUGGCACUAAAGGUGUGUUUAAAACAGGUCGAAUUACAAAUCCAUCAAGUAUAUCAAUGGAACUUUGGAAGUUCCUUGGAAGUAUAGAGAGUUUUUAGAAUACUACUACUAAUAAUAGCAUAGAUGAUAAUCGCAUGGAUAUAUUAGAGGCAAAGGGAUGGGUGUUUAUAGUAACGGGAUAUUUUAGCCUGGAAUCACAAAAGAAAAUCUAAAACUUCCAAAGUCUAGGGAAUGCAAAAUAAGUUACGGGGCUACAGAUUGGACCAACUAAUAGAUUUCUUUAAUAACACAAUUUUAUUUCAAUGAUCACAUCCAUUUAGAUGCAGGGCAUAAUAUUCUCCCUAGGAGUCCCUCUGUGAAGGUGACUAUGUGGAGAAAAUUUAGUAUUAGAUGAUGUCACCGUUCUUGGCAUUAUCUCCUCUUUCACAAAUGAAAAUUACAAACUAGGUAUCUUCUCCAGCCAGAAAACUUAAUAAAUUUGUCUCGCCUACACAAGCUAUGUGGUAGACAUAGCACAAGGAUUCAGAAUAUAUGGGUGGUUUUAGUUCCUUCCUGCUGCAAAGUCUAAGUCAGGGAAAACCUCAGAUUUCAAGUUCACUUUUUAUGCCUUUGUCAGACUCAAUGGUGGAAGUAAACAUUUAUGUGAUCCAGCUCUUUAAUGAAGCUAAGGCUGGGUGAUUGUGUGAAGGCACCAAUUCAGGCCAUUCAAAGGGAGAGGUGCAUUGUGGAGUAGAUGGCAUCCAAAGGUAUCUGAAAUCACUAUUCCUACUCAUUUUUCAAAUUGAUUUGUUCCUGGGUCUUGGAGGGCUUUUAAAAGGUACCGUAAUUUCUUAGCAAAUUUAAAAUGUGGGAAAUUUUAAGCUUUGGUUUUGAGAAAGGGGUACCCUACCUCUGCUACUCAUUUGUGCAUAUGCAAUUUUGGGUUUUAGCUUUCCAUGAAAGAGCCUCAUGGUAUAAUACACCAAAUCAAAUGUUGCUUAUUGAUUAUAGAAAUACUCAUCAGCCUAGGAUCAGGCAGUCUCUCAUCCACAACAGCGGUCUUUUUUUUUUAAUGAUUCAUUUUGCUGAAAACCACGAGCACUUAAUUUUCCAUGUUUUCUCUCUCAUUACUUCUUAGAAAUGUUCUUUAAAAAAAAAAAAGUCCUUGGUGCAAGGGGGGCGGGGGGCAGAUACUUUUCUGAUUUUGACCUCACAACCAUAUCGGUAAAAAAAAAGCAUGAAGGAAAUGCCUUAUGAAAAUACACGUGUUCUUUUGCCGUAGUAGUUUGUAAAAGAACUUUACCUAUGUGGAUGUUUACAUGGCAAGUUAUAGUAACUUAUAUAAAAUUAUGUUGUGAUAGCAAAAAGUAGCAGACUACUCUGCAUUUUAAAAGAAUCAAUCAAACUGUGGUUAGCUUAUUUCUCUCCUUUACCCCACCUACCUUUUGGAGUGUGGGCAACAAGAUUGUGCUGUACUUGUAAUUUUUUAAUUUGCCACCAAAGGUAUUCUGUUGUUUUAAAUGAAUUUUGAGCAUUGUGACAGUAUUUAUUAGCAGGGAUGGAAAAAAGGCCAACAUUUCCACUAAGCCAUCAUCAGUUAGGCUUCUCAAGGAGCAAAACACCUCAGUGUCUACCGGGGAAAAGUAGCUGGAACCCCAAGAGCCAGAAAAGGUAUUGUUCACAGGAGGGCGAGGACCUCCCCACUCCCCUUCCGGCACUUGGAGCUCCUCUUGUAGGCUUUGACUAGAGAAGCCUUCCUGUGAGGUGCCAUAAGUAAUUUCUUUUUGCCUGAGCCCAGGGAAGUGUUUUCCUUGUCCCCUCCAUCCCAAGAUUCAAUCUUCCUCCUCUCCCAGUUGCUUUCAGGGCUUGCAUUUUGCUCCAACUUCUGGCCAAAGACUGAAAACUUUCUUCAGGGACAAUAAGGAGGAGGGAGGGGUAGCGUGUACCCAGUUGGGGACAAUGACUCUAGGUAAGCUACUUCUGUUGUACUUCUCAUCUCCUGUAAUCUCCUCCCAUCUCUCACCUCACCCCCUCAACCAAGUUUGGCUAGUGGCUAUUAACAAAUCUCAAUCCCGGGAACAGUGUAAUUUAGAAAGCUCUUCUCUUAAGCUCAGCUGGACUGACUGCAGCGUAAAGUAACCCAGCUCUUAGGCAAGUCAAGCUCUCCUCAAAGGUCACAAACUCUUUUGAGCAGUUUAACACAUGUGGUACCAAACUGGGUCAGAAUAGAAGUUAUUUAUAGAUGGAGCAGCAUUUCAUGCUUCAUAUAAAGCAAUGCAUAUUUUUAAAGUUAUAAAUGCAUAUAUCUAUCUAAAUAGAUAUGCUUGCUGAGAAGUUAGGUCUGUUGAAGACCAGAAGCUACAGUUAUAAUUUGUGAAUUAUCAGUUUCUUAUAUUUUCUUGGAAAACAUUUCUAUUUACAAUUAAAUAUAAAGUUAUGAUGUAAAUAAUGUACAGAUAUGUAUUGAAUUUUAAAGUUUGUGUUUACUCAUUGUACAACCACAAUUUGCAUGAAAAAAACAUUCUGUGUAUCUAUUCAUAAUAUUUUGUUGUAAAGUGGAUAGGAUUGUUGUAUGAUUGUAAGACCCUAUUGCAAAUAGUGUGUUACACUUAAAAUAAAAGUCAAAAUUGUAUUGUUAAACACAAA